AUGAGUGAUCUAGAGGUGCAUCCUCAGCAAAGCAAGGAAACGUUCGCAACAGCAGAAGCCUCGAGCUCCCGCGGGCAAAGACUACUCCGCGUAUCCUCGAGAUCGUCAUCGCAGAAGAUUGAGCCAUCGCCAACCACGACAGGGCUUAGCGGGGCAACAGCAAGUGGUUCGAGAGAUAGCAUCGGGGGUAUUUCAAAGAGAUCGAGAGGCAGCAUGUCGGGACGUCGCCGAAAUGGGAGCGCGUCUAGUAACCGCUCCGGGGCUGGCACAACGGGCACAUCGGGACCGAAUUCCCCUGCCGGAGCCGCUCCCAGGCGCAAGAAGGGUGGUCUUCUUUCACUGCUAGGCUGCUGUGGAGUGCCUGACAAUGCGAACACUCUGGAGGGUGGAGAGGAGCCAGUGCCUUCGCACAAGCUUGACAAGAUACCCCAACGCCAGUUGACUUCGAGCCGAAGGACGAUAACUCCGUCCGACCAGACCACGGGCAGCAAGACGCAAGUCUCCGAGAAGGAACCGCAGACGGCUCCGGCAGAAUCUACGCAGGAUGCUUCGAAAACAACAAAGCGCGUGUCCGGAUCCACCGCCCAAGAUCAGUCGACUCUGGGCGAUCGGGAGUCUGAAUCAAAGCAGACUACACUUGGGGGACAGACAGGACCCAGCAUCACGGUAAACCCACCGGUUGUCGAAACGCACGAAGCCGGUGAGCCAUCAGAGCCAGUCUCUGGAAAGGAUGUUGAUGGCGAUGUGGAAAUGGCAGAUGCAGGCGCCGGAGAUGAAGCAGCGCAAACAAGUACAGCAUCGGAGGAACAAUAUCAGAAACAGGUUCCCCCACCUCCUCCAGGGCCUGUACCGGACGCAAGCCAACCUCUGCCUUCGCAGACAGAGGUCGCAGUGGCGGCUCCAGAGCCGGUUCCCGAGCAGAAAUGGCUUCUUCCUCCUAUCCAACCACAGCACAAAGGCCGCAAAUGCUUGGUCCUUGAUCUGGACGAGACACUAGUUCACUCUUCCUUCAAGAUUCUGCACCAGGCCGAUUUCACGAUACCGGUAGAGAUCGAGGGCAACUAUCAUAACGUUUAUGUUAUCAAGAGGCCCGGCGUCGACCAAUUUAUGAAGAGAGUCGGAGAGCUUUACGAAGUAGUUGUUUUCACAGCAUCAGUCUCUAAGUAUGGCGACCCAUUACUCGAUCAGCUCGACAUACACAAGGUGGUUCACCAUCGUCUUUUCCGAGAGAGCUGUUACAACCACCAGGGAAACUACGUCAAGGACCUAUCGCAAGUCGGUCGUGAUCUGAAGGACACCAUCAUUAUUGAUAACUCACCGACCUCGUACAUUUUCCAUCCUCAACAUGCCGUGCCGAUCAGCAGUUGGUUCUCCGAUGCGCAUGACAACGAGCUACUGGACCUCAUACCCGUCCUUGAAGAUUUGGCAACUUCGGAUGUGCGCGACGUUAGCUUAGUCCUCGAUGUUACCCUGUAA